AUGGCCGUGUCCCCUACGGCGAAGAGGAAGUUCCACCAUCCAUUCAGGAACCUUUCCAGACAGUCGUCAUCAGCUAGGACUUCAGCGGAGGCUCCUCCUCUUCCGGCUGUAGACCAGGUGCUUGGCGGCUCAGCUGAUGUAUCUGGAGGAGAUCAAGGAGGGCCGGGUAACACCCAGCCUGAGUCCCCCCCGGCGCCAUUGACUCGCCCACCCCCUCCCCCACCAAUCUUUGGGUCAUUCUCCAGCAGCACAUGCUCCUUUCAAUCUAGCAUCUCACAAGAGGAUGCCAAGCCACCAUAUCACCCAGACACAGAGCUCAAGAAGGUCUCGCGCUCUCUCCUGCGCCUCCAGAAAUACAGUCUCAUCCUAGGCUUUGUCUCCAUCAAUGCCGGCUUUAUCUGGGCGCUCUGGAAUUAUCACCACUACUGGUACAUCUUCCUGCCUUUCUUGGCCGCCAACACAUUCUGUCAAGUCAUCUUCGCCAUCUCCAACACCAUUGCAGCAACCUUUACCACCUUGAGACGGAAGCUAGGAUUCAAAAAGGAUGUCGUCCCCGAGAAUCCCGAAAAGUUUGUCAUGGUCCUGCCCUGCUAUAACGAAGACCGUCAAGAGGUGGAAACAAGUCUGAACUCCCUCAUCAACCAACAGAACAUCGACGAGCACCCACGUCUCAUCAUGGUCAUUGUUGACGGCAACGCCAAAGCCCCAGGCGAAGAGGUCUCCACGCAAGACUUCCUGCUGAACGACAUGUUUGCCGGCGGCGAGCGCAUUGAGUUCCAGAAUGGCUACAGUGCCCGUGAUGGCUUCUUCAUGCCUGUCACCAUCCAGCAGGGAAAGUACCGCGGCGUCCCUUAUAUCAUCAUCGGCAAGAAGCACAACCAGGGGAAGCGUGACAGCUUGUGCUUCGUCCGUUCAUUCCUGUGGCACUACAAGAACCGCUCGGCCGAUAUCUCAACCAUGUUCAACCCAGACCUGUUUGAUUACAUGGGUUCGAUCCUGACUGACAAUGGCCUGGAUACCAUCGACUAUCUCUGUGGCAUGGACGGCGACACUGUGUUUGAUGACGACUGUGUGUACGAACUCAUCAAAGCCUUGCGUCGCGGCGGUCCUGAUGUUGUCGGCGUCUGCGGUGCCGUCCUCGUCAAAUUCGACGAGAAGCCGUGGGGUUGGUGGUCAGUACCCUCGUCUCAGCCGCCUUUCUUCGCGUGGUUCACAGAGACUAACCUCCGGAAUAGGAACCUGUUACAAAACACAGAGUACAACUUGACGCAAGGAUUGAGACGAGAAUUUCAGUCUCGCGUGUCCGGAAAGGUCAAUUGCCUACCAGGCUGCUGUCAGCUCAUCCGGGUUCAAGACGCCACAUUCGGCGAUGCAGUCCUGCGGGAGCGUUUCGGCCACGUUCCCAAGCCCAAUGACACCAUGACCCAGCAGAUCAUGGGUGUGUACUCUGAAGACUCGAUCCAUGCCUCCAUUAUCUUCUCCCGCCAUCCCAAGUCGCAGACUCGCCAGGCUCUGCGUGCUCGUGCUUACACGACUGCCCCUCAAUCCUGGUCCGUGUACCUCUCGCAGCGCAAGAGGUGGGCACUCGGCAGCAAAUCGAAUGAGUUCGUCAUGGUCUUCCGUCCAGGCAUCAUCUGGGUUGAAAGGCUGUGCUCGUUCAUCACGGUGACAACCUGGUGGCUGGGCCCAUUCGUCGUUGCGGCCAUGUUUGGCUUUGCGAUCGCGCUGGUGCGACAGGGAAAGAAGAUUUUCGAGAACCACAUCAUGAUCGGGUUGAUGUCUGUGCUCGCUUUCCGCUAUGCUGCCAAGGAAAAGUUCAAGGAGAAGAUGCCGCCUGUUUAA